AUGUCUUCAGAAAACAACCUGAUCAAAUCAAAUGCAAGUGUGAAAAAUCUAAGACCCCUGCAAGAUAAAGUGGCCAUUGUGGCUGGGUCAACAUAUGGGAUCGGCUUUGCUAUAGCAAGACGUUUGGCACAAGAUGGGGCGUACGUGCUUUUAUGUAGUCGUAAAACAGAAAAUGUGGAUAAAGCUGUCAAACAGCUGAAAGAAGAAGGACUCAGCAUUUCUGGAGUUCCAUGUCAUGUGGGCAAUGAAAAAGAUCGUGAGAAACUAGUGGCAACGGCUCUUGAGACUUAUGGGAAAAUUGACAUCCUUAUCUGUAAUGCUGCUGUGAAUCCCUUUGUUGGUCCACUUUUUGAAACUACUGAGGAAAUGUGGAAAAAGGUUUUCCAUGUCAAUGUAAUAUCAACUUUCCUUUUGAUAAAACUUGUUGUACCUCACAUCCAGAAACAAAGGCGUGGAUCAAUAAUAAUCUGUUCUUCAUUCAUUGGAUACAUACCUGAACCAUAUAUUGGUCCAUAUGCAAUAACCAAGACAACAUUAUUUGGUUUAACCAAUAUUUUGGCACAAGCUUUGCGUUCCAUGAACAUCAGAGUAAACAGCCUGGCACUGGGUGUAAUCAAUACAAAUUUCAGCAAAGUGCUGGUGGCUGCAGUCUUCACAGGAGAGAGUGGUUACCAGAACCCACCAUCCUAUGCUGUGUGUUACUACAAAAAGCUUGAAGAUUGUCUCUCCUCUGUACUAUUUUUUCUGGACAAGCCGGGGCUUUUACAGCUGCAAUACAGUCAAUGCUGCUACCUUAUCAGUAAAAUUAAGAAACUUCAGAAGCAGGGGCCGAGGGUGUCCAUCCUUAAGAUACUAAAGACUCCAGAAUUAAAGUCAAAACUGAUUCCUCUUGGUGUUCACAGGCUUGGAGAACCAGAAGAGUGUGCAGGGAUUGCCUCAUUUUUAUGCUCUGAAGAUGCUUCCUACAUCAAUGGGGAAAAUAUUGGCGUCACUGGUGGCAUGCUUGGAAGGCUUUAAACUUUGUAUUUUAGGG